AUGGAAUUCAAAAUGAAAUAAAUAAAUUGCAGUCAAUAUAAUAUAUAAUAUUUUCUAUAUUUUUAUGUUUUCAAUGAACGACGUGUGAUAAUAUUCCGACACUUGUUUUCAAUAAAUUGCACCUAAAAAUUGCCUGUAAAUAUGAAUAACGAAGAGAAUAAAGAUAUGUCGCAUAGACAGCAUGUGAAAUACUUUAUGCGGUUUUUAAAUAUACUUCCUUCAACGUUAUCGUCUCACGAUACAACCAGGGUUACAAUAGCAUAUUUUUCAGUUUGUGGCCUUGAUGUCCUUGGAUCUAUAUCAUCAAUAUCAUUAGACUUGAGUUCUAGGAUUAUUGAAUGGAUUUACUUGUUACAAGUGAAGCCUAAUGAAGAGAAUGGUGAUAUGUCAAUAUGUGGUUUUCAAGGCUCUUCCACAGUUAAUAUACCAUUACACCCUGAGAACAACCAUUAUCGGUGUGGUCACCUUGCAAUGACUUACACUGGUCUCUGCAUACUACUCACUUUAGGAGAUGAUCUGUCUAGGAUAAAUAGGAAAGCAUUAGUAGAAGGUGUUAAGGUGUUACAAACAGAAGAAGGGAACUUCUCUGCUACACUUUCUGGUUGUGAGUCAGAUAUGAGAUUUGUGUACUGCGCUGCGUGUGUCAGCUAUAUCUUGGACGAUUGGUCGGGAUUUAAUAUCGCGAAAGCUACUGAUUACAUCUUAAAAUCUAUUAGCUACGACUUCGGCAUUGCGCAGUGUCCAGAAUUGGAGUCGCACGGGGGCACCACAUACUGUGCACUCGCUACUCUAGCUCUUUCCAAUCAAUUAGACAAGUUAUCUGAGGAGCAAGUGGAAGGUUUAAAACGCUGGCUCGUGUUCAGACAAGUCGACGGCUUCCAGGGCAGACCCAACAAGCCAGUUGACACGUGCUAUAGUUUCUGGGUUGGUGCCUCUUUAAAAAUACUAGAUACAUUACAUAUGACGAACUAUAAUAGCAAUAGACGAUAUGUAUUUGACACACAAGAUGUGGUCGUUGGUGGCUUUUCCAAGUGGCCUGACACAUCUACGGAUCCAAUGCAUACUUAUUUAGGAUUAGCUGGAUUGAGUUUGAUAGGGGAGAAUGGAUUGUUAGAAAUUGUGCCUACACUCAACAUUACCAGAAGAGCAUAUGAACAUUUGAAGACUAUACAUAAGCGUUGGUCAGAUGAGUGCUGAUGAAAAUAGUUAAUAUUUGUAAUUUUAUACCUCGACAAAGGCAUUUCAGAGUGAGAAGUCUUGGUCAGAUAUUGUUAAUUGUUAACUAUGUUUGUUGUAAUGUUUCAAUUACCUUUAUUUCGCUAUUUUAUUAAUAUCACAUUGUAAUAGUGCGAGUGCUGUAUCCCUUGGAUGUCAUAAAGAUAAAUAUCCUCUGGGAACACUAGCGUGAUUUCACAUAAAAAUGGGUAUGAAAUCAGCGGAUACCUGACAAAAAAUACAUCUGCAAACAGUCAACUGUUAACAUUUUAUGUUUUAAAA